AAAAAUGCUCACACUUUACUCGAAGAAAGUGACUUCACUAUUCCCCAUUCAUUCAUUCAGCAAUAAAUGAGAAACCAAAAGGAGUACUGUUUACAAUCCUACACCCGAGAACACACAGAAACAGUCUUUUCCAUAACAAGUUAAGAUUUAUUUCAGGUACACACUUGCAGAGAAGAGUCAGAUCUCAAAAUAAAAACAAAAUCACCAAACCAAAACCCAUACCUUUCUUUCUUUUUCUCUCCUUCAUAGAUAAAUCCGCCACCAACCAACCACCACACAAUCUCUUUUGUUAUAUACUGUACAUCUCUCAUCCAUCCACAAUGCCAAACUCUCCUACCCACUAUGAAUGGAACUGCAAAAACAACCUCACAUCUCAAUGGCAAUAACAACCAUUCUACCACAACUUCUGAAUCCAAUCUCAUUAGAAAAAGACCCAUUACAGGAACUCAUCAUUCAGGAGAAAACAAUAACAAGAUCAGUAUGACUGUUAAGAAAUCAAUACUAAGUGAUGCAUACUUCAUGAGUUGUUCAGUGAAAGAUGGUUUGGAUUUGUUCAGAUAUCAUCCUAUACCAUGCAUUUUUGGUUUGGCUUUACUUUUCUUCAUGGGUGUUGAGUAUACUCUGUUUAUGAUUCCUUCUACAUCUCCACCGUUCGAUCUAGGGUUUGUUAUUACUGAACCACUUCAUCAGAUGCUUAUCGCUCAACCUCUUCUCAACACCAUUUUCGCAGCUCUCAAUACGGUGUUUGUACUGAUGCAAACAACGUACAUAUUAUGGACAUGGCUAGUGGAAGGAAGGCCAAGAUCUACCAUUGCCACAGUGUUUAUGUUCACCUGUAGAGGAAUACUUGGCUACUGCACUCAACUUCCACUGCCUCAGGGAUUCUUAGGUUCGGGUGCAGAUUUUCCAGUAGGAAACGUAUCCUUCUUCCUGUUCUUCUCAGGACACGUUGCAGGUUCAGUUAUUGCAUCAAUCGACAUGCGAAGGAUGAAGAGAUGGGAGAUGGCGUGGAUGUUCGAUACAUUGAAUGUACUUCAAGUGGUUAGAUUACUUGUGACUAGAGGACAUUAUACAAUAGAUUUGGCUGUCGGUGUAGGUGCUGGUAUGCUUUUUGAUUCACUCGCCGGCAAGUAUGAAGAGAGCAAAAUCAAAAAAGUCGCUCAUAAUAAGGGAUAGUUCUGUUCUGUCUUCUUAGAUAAAAUCAGGACCAACAAACUAGGGGGUUGAGCUAAUGAAAUGUUACUGCAAAUUCAUCUUUUUUACCAUCUAAUAAAUUUAUAUGUUACUGCAAAUCCUCUUUUAUCGUAUAAAUGCGACCUACUCGUUCACAAUUUCAACUA